CUUAGCGAAGCUGCAAGUUCGCUGUACGAUUAAUCAAGACGACACGGAACUGCAUUGGGAUGCGUCUACGCGAGGCGCGCACGGGCCAGUUAUUCCGUCUGGAGACGGGACGGAUGCCAAGAAUGGUGGUCCUCCCUACGAUAUUACCGAUUGGGACCAACGUCAUGGAAGUCUACUAGAGAGGGGAUGUCCGCUUCUUUCCUCUCCUCUCCUCGCAAAGUUCUACUUUGUGUCUUGACAGCUCCUUUGAGUCAAGUAGGAUCGUUCGCUCGCCCCGCAAUUUUCAACCAGUCCUCGAUUCGAACCGCUGUACAACUCCUCCGCCGCAUUUCGAACACCCAAUUGGGAACUUUUGUACAUGACAUUAUUCAUAUAAGAGAUAGCAAUGGAACUUCCAUACAUCAUUCUGUUCAUUUUGCCACCCCUAGCAUUCCUCUACACGCUCAUCCGUAGAUGGCGCUUCAACCGCUUCCGCCACCUGCCCCAAGCCUACCCCAACUCCCUCCUGUUCGGCCAUAUCUACCUCUUCGCCAGGGGCUACAAGAAGUUCGGAGACACCAGACGCCAUGUUGACUACAUCCUCGAAGACCUCGUCGAGUCUGCAGGCCGCCCGGAUAUUCUGGUCCUCGACAUGCGGCCUCUCUCGUAUGGGAUGACGGUCGUAACCUCUCACGACGUUGCGGAGCAGAUCUCCAAAGCGACGAAGAUGUAUCCGUAUAGCGUGACCAAAUCGCCGACGCUGAGGCAGUAUGAGCGCCUUAUUGGCAAGCAGUCGCUCUUGGUUGAGGAGGGCGAAUCCUGGAAAGCCCUCCGCAAGCGCUUCAAUCCCGGCUUCGCCCCCUCGCACCUGCUCUCCUUGCUUCCCCAGAUCCUCUCCAAAACCUCCAUCUUCGUCUCCAAGCUGGACGCAUUGUCUUCCUCGGGUCAGGAAUUCGAACUGGACUCCCUCUGUACGAACAUCACUUUCGACAUCAUCGGUAAAGUGGUCGCGGAUCUGGAUUUCCACGCCCAGGGCGAGGACAACGCCCAAAGGCAUGAAAUCGUGAAGUAUUACAAUGAACUGGGCUCCACUUACUCGGAUACGGGGAGAAUUCCACUGUGGUUGAAUGCCAGGAAGUUGGUAAUGCGAUUAUGGUAUUCCUAUCUCGCCGAGCGGGCGAUCAAGCAAUGCAUACGAUCCAAAUUCUCCGAAACCGAGGAGGCCGAGAACAGCACGACGAAGGCGACGAGGGGCCCCCAGGAUCGCUCCACGACCGCCGAUCAAGUUAGGACGUUCCUCUUCGCGGGCCACGAUACUACCUCUAUCCUCCUGCAGAGACUGCUCUACACGCUGUCGAUCCAUCCGAAGUGUUUGGCGAAAAUCAGAGAGGAGCACGAGGCUGUGUUCGGAAGCGAGGACCCCAUCGACGUAUUUCGAAAGAGACCCGAUGAAGCGAUCAAGGCGCUGAGUUAUACGAGUGCGUGUAUCAAGGAGGCGCUGAGAUUGUGGCCGCCGGCGGGCUCGGCGCGGAUGAGUCCUCCUGGGAGGGACUUGAGAGUGCGGUUGUCCACUGGAGAAGACGUGUGCGUGGAUGGGACAAUACUCUACUUGUGUCCGUAUUUGAUCCAGCGCGAUCCCAAGGUCUACGGCGAGACGGCGAACGAUUUCGUGCCUGAACGUUGGUUGGGCGACACGGACACGAGCGCGGAGAAAAAGGACGAAGUGGGGAGCCAGACGGGGGCGAGUAAGAUUCCCAUUUCCGCGUGGAGGCCGUUUGAGCGGGGUCCGAGGAAUUGCAUUGGGCAGGAGUUGGCGAAUCUAGAGGCGAGGGCCAUUUUGGCGUGCGUGAUGCGGAGGUAUGAUUUUGUGAAGGUGGGAGCUGGGGAGGUGGAGGUGGAUGAGAAGGGGAAGCCGAUACUGGAUGAGAAGGGCCGGUACAGGACGAAGUCGGAGUUGUUUAAUUCUCAGAUUGUCACGGCGAAGCCGUUUGACAGGUGUAGGAUGCGUGUGAAGCGUAUCUGAAGGAGAGGAGGGACAGGAGCGUAGGAUAGAUUUCAGAAGUUCCUCAGUGUCAAUGAACCGUUGGAACAUUGUAUACCAGUACCUGGGAUGGACCUGAUACGUU